GAUCGCGCACGUCCCGGCGGGGCAGGGGCAGGGGCAGGGGCGGGCCGGCCGGCCGGCGCUGGUCCCUCCCUCCCUCCCUCCCUCGCCCGCGGCUCGGGCUCAAAGCGGCGGAGCGGCGCGGCGCGGCACGGCGCUGUGCGGGGAUGGCGGAGCGGGCGCUGCCCCCGGACCCGCCCGAGACGGAGCAGCUGCUGGCGGGCGCGGAGCGCAGCCUAAGGGGGUCGCGGUCCUGCUCGGGCAGCCUGGCCGGCCCCGGCCCCGGGCCCCCCGGGCCGCCCAGCCGCGCCGCCUCCGGCUCCAUCUCCUCCGCCUCCGCCGCCGCCUCCACCGGGCAGCUGCAGCCCGCGCCGCCGUCGCCCUCGUUGUCCCGCCGGGGCUCGGCCGCCGCCGCCCAGCCCGCGCCGCCCGCUCGCCCUCCCGACUACCUGCCGCUCGCCAUCCUCGCCUGCUUCUGCCCCGUCUGGCCCGUCAACGUCGUGGCGCUCGUCUUCUCCAUCAUGUCAAGGAACAGCAGGCAGCAAGGGGACGUGGACGGGGCCUGGAGGCUGGGGCGCAUGGCCAGGCUCAUAAGCACAGUCUGCAUCAUCCUGGGAACCAUCAUCAUUGUGCUCUACUUCUCGCUCAACUUUACAGUUUUCAAGAAGAACUAGCAUGCAGACGCCCUGACGAAGAAGGCACCUUUCCUUCAGGGGCUAUUUGUAACCUCGCAGCAAAAAUGCGACCGUUUCAAGGGCCGGCGCUAGGAAGUGUCUCUGUUGGAGCAUCGUCUGAGGGAGUGCAUGCAUUUAUUUCUCAGCCUCUUGGAAAAUGAUUUCACACUGAACAACUUGUGCGGCGCAUACAGCAGCUUGACAAGGCCUGGGAGAGGUCUCCGAUCCCAAGCAGAGUGGAGCAGAGGGAGAUCCGCUACCUCAUUCCUGCCCAGGAGAGACCAGGAGGGGAGAAGGAGGUUGAUCUGGGGGAGAAAAGGGCCACCGAGGUGGAAAGGGGCGAACGGGACCCUCUGAGGAAACCUCUCGACAAUUUUGGCACAAAUGACUGUUUUGUUUUGGUUUUUUAAAUCAACCAGUCGUCUCUCUGGGAAAGCUCCAGCUGCCACUGGGAGAUGAAGUCUGUUCGGCGAGCGGGGAAGGAGCGCACUGCCGCCGGGGGACACCGCGUGCGCCUCCCCACAGCCGUGGCACCAGGGCUGACCACGGCUGCAAGGUGCGGCGUCGGCGGGUUUUGUAUUUUUGAUGAAAAAAAAAAGACAAAGACCAUUUGCAUGCGGCUUCACAGUCCCCCCUGCUCCAGGGCUGUCCAGGCAAGCUCUCAGCGUUUCAGCAGCCCAGAGCCGGGAGGGCCCGGUGCUGAUCCAUGAGGAAUUGCCGGCUUGCAGGAGAUCUGCCCGCAGCCGAGCCCUGGUGGAGGGGCUCGUGGUAGGAGUGAUGUCUUCUCUUGGAAACAGGGCGGUUCUUCCAUCCGCGCCCCAAACAGCGAGCUGGUGCGGAGGGGACGGCGGGCUGCGGAAGUCGCGGCAGCCAAAUCUUUCUGCUGAGCUCUGAUGUCACGUCCGUCACCGCAGGAGCUAAAGGCCUGACCCAGCAGCUGCCGUGGCUGAUGCAAAGAUGCCCACUGACUGGGCUGGUCUUGGACUGGACUGACUGGGGAGGGUCUCGAGGGCACAAAGGGGAUAUGGGCACCAGCUCCUAGCCCACGGGAACUGGAUCCCUCACAUGUGCAGGCAGGGUCAGCCUCAGAUGUUUGGUUCCUAAAUGUUUUACAUUGCAAACCGCCUUCCCCAGGGCCUUUCCCGAGCAUCCGCAACAUGCUGCAUCACGCGGCGCUUUCCCCGGCAGGGUCCUGGCCUCUCUGCCCCCUUCGCUCGCGUGGCCUCACACUGCUGCACCUUGCUCUGCCCUUCCUGUGCAUCGAUCCCUGGGGUUGCAUCCUCUUCUGCCACUGGCCUUUGGCACCACUGUCCAAGGGACUAGUUUGCGGCUCCAUGUCCUGCGGUCUCCAUGCUGGCUGAGUCUCCUCUCCAUCAUGCUCUGCUAAGUCACAGGCUGGGGCAAUGUAGCUGAGAACUAGCACUCAUGUCUUUGUCUAUCGAGCCAGGCAGCUUGGCCUGCACUGGGAGAUAGAGGCCACCCCCGGCUGCAGCAAAGCAGCCCGUUUCCUCUGCCUUGUGCCCCCCCCGGUGCAACUCUGAGCCUCUUGGAAAGAUCUGACCCAAUGCUACUGGCACCCAGAGCUUAUCCCCGUGGGGCAGUUCCUGCGCAGGAAGCCAGUGCAAAGCAACAGUACCGUCAGGUCUCCAAAGUGAUGCCUCCUGCAGACACGCUUUGCAGUGGGGUCAUGCGACCCCCCCUCCCUCUUAGUGCACGCCGAGUCUGCGCUGGGACUCAGUGCGGACCAGAGAGCCUGCCGUACAUGCACCCCAGCUUCCCCCGCAGUCACUUCCCUGCUCGGCUGCGGCUGCUCAAAAUCUGGGUGGCAACAAUGCUGAAUCCCCUGGACACACUGCAACGCUGCCUCUCUGGCCUGGGUGGCAUUGCCACCACUUCCCCAGCCACGUUUCCCUCCCCUCUGUACAAUUUCACAGCAUCUGCAAUGCAGCCCGGCUUCCUUCCGCCUGCUGGCACCGAGGGCAGGGUGCUAAGCUUAGCAGAGAAGGGCACAGGUGUGCUUAGAUGUCCCUCUGUGCACAUAGGCAAGCUGCUGUUCACUGAGCAUUGGCCUGUGGCAGGAGUGGGGGGGGAACAUCCCAGGUCUGAUGCCCACAUGCCUCAUGCAAGCAAAUAGCUGGUCCAGCGACUCCUCUCUCACCUGGCGGUGACCAAGGAGCUGCUGGAGGGCUGCACACGGGGCUUGCUUGGCCUCCAGAGCAGGCUCCCGGGAGCAGUUUCUCCCCCGUGCUGGUAGGUCCACAGAACAGGGCUUUCAGGCUCCUUACCUCCCUCCUGACACCAGACCGCUGCUCCCUGCCCCGUGUUCAGCCUGCCCAUGCCAACCUGACGGAUGGCUUGGGGGUGACUUGGGAACCUGAACACGGAGCCUCUGGGAAUGGGAAGGGCUGACGCAGAAGGAUAGUUUUACUAGCAAAUGCUAAUGCCCGAGAGCCAGGUAUGUAUUAAAUAGGUGCUGAAACGCUGCUCUAACCGUGCGACACGUUUCACCACCACGAACGCGGUGUGCCUCGCAGCCCCGUACCAGGCAGCUGAGCGCUGCUGUAACCUGCUGCACAAACCUAUGGCACAAGUGAUCAGGUCUUCCAGGAACCAGAAGAGCAUUCCCCUCCCGAGAAAAACAUACAGGGCCGAAUGCCUGGUUUCCUCUAGGGAUUUUGCAGAGGAGAUCUAUGUGCACACGGGGGACUGUAGAAACACCUCUCCCCCUACCCAGGAAUGGGCUUCCCGGCAGCUGCCAUUUUAAUGAUCCUUUCGAGAGGGGAGCUCCAGUCUGAUGAAGCUGAGUGGAGCAGAGAAAUCAGGACUCAUCUGAAUGCAUGAGAAAGCAAAAGCUUUCAGAAGACAAUUGCAGUGAUAAUUUGUCAGAUGCUUCCAAAUGGGCUCUGCUUUCUGCCUUACCAGGCAUCAUCAGACUGCCCAGGCAACAGCUUCUUGAUUUACUGUUAAAUAUAAUAACGAAGAAUUAAGGCAAUAAGUUCCUUAGUGAUUUACUCUUCUCUCUAAGCCGCUCCAGCCAUUAGACUUCCUUCCAAGUGCUCUGCACUUCAAAACUCCCUCCUCGGCUCUUCGCUCGUGUCCAGAGCACACUGCCCUGUCAGUCCCAAUCGCGGUCCCGAGGCCGUCGUGUAAGCUCCCCAGGGAGCACGACGGGAAGGGACAGCUCUGUUCUGGAAACAAAUCCUAACACACCAGCCCAGGGUCCCUCUGCUUGGUCUUCGUUUCAUUCACGGCACCUGUCUAGUCCCAAAUGUCGCCUCUCUCUCGCUCAGGUUUACAGCUCUCACCUGCUUGCAGGUGCACCUCCAGGUGAGCCAGGGAGGAGGUUUACAGAGGUUUACCAGAAAGGUAAAUGCAUGCUCCGGUCCAUGACAAAUGGAUGCUGCCUGCCAGCAGCUUACCCCGUGUCACUGGCUCACCGUUUGGCUGUGCCCCCAUCCAGUCCUCCAUAUAUAUUCAUCUCUCCAGUUUCUUGCUCCUUCCUGAGUUCUUCUCAGUUCAAUCUGAGACGCCUAAAAGCUUAUCCACGCUCCAGCUUGCUGGGGCGGCAGGCAGCGCUCUAGAGAUCGGCUGCUGGAGGCUGCCAGUCUCUUCCCUGCUCUACAAUGAGAUGCUUCUGUCCUGAUGUUUUUGCCCUUGAUGCUUUUGCCACUGUGCCCCGUGGCAAACUGCCCUGCCUGCGUCUCCCCUGGGUCAUUCCACAUUUUAGCAUCCCUGGUGUAGCUUCCCACUGAGCUCUGCCAUCUGGAUUUGCUUGGCCUAGACACAUGAGCCUGCAUUUUCCCAGAAGGAAUUUGGUAUCUCCCUACCCCUCCCCAACCUUGCCCAUUUAUAUAACUGGGUAGAUCAUAGACAAUGAGGGUGGGAAGGGACCUCGGGAGGUCGCAUCUAGUCCAGCCCUCUGCUCCAAGCAGGACCAGCCCCAACUACACCGUCCCGGCCAAGGCUUUGAACAGCUGGGUUUUGAAAACUGCCAAGGAUGGAGACUCCACCACCACCCUGGGUAGCCUGUUCCAGCGCUUCCCUACCCUCCUAGUGAGAAAGUUUUCCUAAUAUCCAACCUCAACCUCCCUUGCUGCUCCUUGCUCUGUCACCACUGAGAACAGAUCAUUGCCAUCUGAUCGCCUCUUUCUCUGCAUGCAAGCAGUGCUGCUCCUCUAGCUGUCAUCACGCAGGACCUCAUCACAAUACACGUAGGGAAAGGACUUUUCCUUCCCCGUCCCUGUGCCCAUCUCUCAGCGUUGUCUCCUUGCUGCCGCCCCACGCAUCAGCGUUCCCCACUGCAAGGGCUAUGCCAGCCUCAGGGCCAGGGCAGCUCUGCCCGCCGGUUACUUCUCCAACAUUCAAAAGCAUUAAUUGAUGGGAAACUGCCUACUCUGGCUCUCCUGGUCUGAAUCCACGUGAAGGCAAGGGGGGCCGAGGCAGGAGGAGGAAAUCCAGCCCCACCUGAUGUUGAGAACAGGUCGUGGGAGGCUGAAGAGAAGGAUGAGGUAGAAAAAGCGGGUACAAAUUCGGUCGGGUAGCAGUGGGAAGCACAGGGUCCUGGAGGUCUGUAUUUCAGUAGAUAUAAACUGCCCAUGCAAGAGUAAUACGUGUGUGUGGACUGACAUAACUCCCUGACUCUGCUCGCUUUGGCGUGAGUCGACCGCCACAAGCUUGGAGGCCAUCUCUUGCCAGCAGGAGAGAUGCUGGAUCGAAGAAUAGCCCCAAAGGAGGGAUCCGGGUCCUCAACGGAGCAGCUCUUGUGCCGGCAGGAUGCUGUGACCAGGGGCUUAAGAAGGGCCGAGAGCUCCAACACAAGUUGACUUGGCGGCCGCAGCCGGCUCGCUGUUCACGGUCGGCUCAGUGCAGAGGCGCCCAGAGACGAGUCUAAAGGGUUUCUAGCACGGAUGGGAAGGAAAGAAGCCAGCACUCAGCGUGUGCUUGGUUCUAGCAAAUGAUGAGCGGAAGGGAUGAAUCCCAAGCUUGGGUUAUCCACUUCCUCCGCUAGGCUGGCAUCCUGCCAUCUUUAAUUAGGUCUGAGCUCAGGACCUCGCACCCUCCCUGCUAAGCAGGUCACUUCUGUUUCGGUCCUUUUUAGGGGAUGACAAGAUCUCAGAUCCUUUACGCAAAGCCCGUGGCCUAUUCCUCAUGGCUGCUGCGAGCACGUCGUGCUCCCAGCUCACCCUGUCCUGAAAACGGGUGGAAAGGAUCCCCCUCUGCUAGGGAUUUACAGAGCACUCCCUGCAAGCAGCACGGCCACGUCAGCAGUUCCAGCUCGGGGCUCUUUUCUGCUGAUAAAGGCUCUUUUCCCAGCAGGGCGCUGGGCUGUAUCUUACAGACUUUCCUUUGUAUUUCUUGGCAUGAGAAAAAAAAAUAAAACGUAACCUGCAUGGUCCAAA